AAUUUUUUAAUGUUUAUUUACUUUUGAGAUAGAGCGUGAGCAGGGGAGGGGCAGAGAGAGGGAGACACAGAAUCCAAAGCAGGCUCCCGGCUCUGAGCUGUCAGAGCCUGAUGCAGGGCUCGAACUCAAGGACAGUGAGAUCAUGACCUGAGCCGAAGUCAGAGGCUUAGGCUUAACCGACUGAGCCACCCGGGUGCCCCAUAAAAAUCUUUUUUAUUUUAAAGAGGGAGAAUGAGGGAGGGAGGGAUGUUUAAAAACAUCCACAAACCUAGACAGUUGGUAAAGUGGGGACAGUUGCUUAGUGUUCACAGUCACCAUGAUUUUGCUGAUGCUGUUUUAUGCCCCUUUCAUUUUUCUUUCUCAUUGUAAUUUUAGAGCCCGUUCCAGACACUGUAUGAUUUCAUGAAAUGUUGUUGGCCUCUCGGCUAUUCUGAUCCCAGAGGCCCGCGGGGCCCCCGUUCUCCUUGAGUCUUUACAGUGCUAAUGAUCCUGCUCAUGUCACUCUCUCACUGUGUUUCAGACGGACCUAGUCCUUCUCCUGCUACUCUGAUUGUUCCCAUGUUCCUUUGCUGGUUUUCUUCCUUCUUCCAACUGUGACCACUUCUCAAGGCUUUGUCUGAAUGUAUGACAACAUGUCCACAAUGGUGUAUAUAAAGGAAGACAAGUUGGAGAAGCUUACACAGGAUGAGAUUAUUUCUAAGACAAAGCAAGUGAUUCAGGGGCUGGAAGCUCUGAAGAACGAGCAUAAUUCCAUUUUACAAAGUUUACUGGAAACACUGAAGUGUUUGAAGAAAGAUGAUGAAAGUAAUCUGGUGGAGGAGAAAUCAAACAUGAUCCGGAAGUCACUGGAAAUGCUGGAGCUUGGCCUGAGUGAGGCACAGGUUAUGAUGGCUUUGUCCAAUCACCUGAAUGCUGUCGAGUCGGAGAAACAGAAGCUGCGGGCACAGGUUCGUCGCCUGUGCCAGGAGAAUCAGUGGCUGCGGGAUGAAUUGGCCAACACGCAGCAGAAAUUACAGAAGAGUGAGCAGUCUGUGGCUCAACUGGAGGAAGAAAAGAAGCAUCUGGAAUUCAUGAAUCAGUUAAAAAAAUACGAUGAUGACAUCUCUCCAUCCGAGGACAAAGACACUGAUUCCACCAAAGAACCUCUGGAUGACCUUUUCCCAAAUGAUGACGACGAACCCGGCCAAGGAAUCCAGCAGCAGCACAGCAGCGCGGCGGCCGCGGCGCAGCAGGGCGGCUACGAGAUCCCGGCGCGCCUGCGCACUCUGCACAACCUGGUCAUCCAGUACGCCUCCCAGGGGCGCUACGAGGUGGCCGUGCCGCUCUGCAAGCAGGCCCUGGAGGACCUGGAGAAGACUUCCGGCCACGACCACCCAGACGUGGCUACCAUGCUGAACAUCCUGGCCUUGGUGUACAGAGACCAGAAUAAAUACAAAGAUGCCGCAAAUCUACUGAACGAUGCCUUGGCCAUCCGUGAAAAAACUUUGGGCAAAGAUCAUCCCGCGGUGGCGGCCACUCUGAAUAACCUCGCAGUGCUGUACGGCAAGAGAGGGAAGUACAAAGAGGCCGAGCCGCUGUGUAAAAGAGCCCUGGAGAUCAGAGAAAAGGUUUUGGGAAAGGAUCACCCUGAUGUUGCUAAGCAGUUGAAUAACUUGGCCUUACUGUGCCAGAAUCAGGGCAAAUACGAAGAAGUAGAAUAUUAUUAUCAAAGAGCCCUUGAGAUCUACCAAACAAAACUGGGGCCUGAUGACCCCAAUGUGGCCAAAACGAAAAAUAACCUGGCCUCCUGCUAUCUGAAGCAAGGAAAAUUCAAGCAAGCAGAAACACUGUACAAAGAGAUUCUCACUCGUGCACACGAAAGGGAGUUCGGUUCUGUGGAUGAUGAAAAUAAACCCAUUUGGAUGCACGCUGAAGAAAGAGAAGAAUGCAAAGGAAAGCAAAAGGAUGGGACAUCUUUUGGAGAAUAUGGCGGCUGGUACAAAGCCUGCAAAGUUGAUAGUCCGACUGUUACAACUACUUUGAAAAACCUCGGGGCACUUUAUAGACGACAAGGCAAAUUUGAAGCUGCGGAAACAUUGGAAGAAGCAGCCAUGAGGUCCCGUAAACAGGGUCUUGACAAUGUUCACAAACAGAGAGUAGCUGAAGUGCUGAAUGACCCUGAGAACAUGGAGAAGCGGAGAAGCCGGGAGAGCCUGAACGUGGACGUGGUCAAGUACGAGAGCGGCCCUGACGGAGGGGAGGAAGUGAGUAUGAGCGUAGAGUGGAACGGGGACGGCACUGGAUCUUUAAAGCGCAGUGGCUCCUUUAGCAAACUCCGGGCUUCCAUUAGACGCAGCAGUGAGAAGCUGGUUAGGAAGCUGAAGGGAGGAAGUUCUCGAGAGAGUGAGCCAAGGAACCCCGGCAUGAAGCGUGCCAGUUCUCUGAGUGUCCUUAACGUGGGUGGCAAGGCAGCCGAAGACCGUGGUUUCCAACUGUGUGAGGCUUGCACGAACCCGUCACAUUUAAAACUGUUGGCACCUUGUCUAUGAGAAAUGGCCUUUUUGCUUCUGUUAAGUGUCCAGUGUGGCUGUCGGGGUGCGGCCCCGUGUGCCAGGCAGACCAGCAGCUGAGCUUCUGGGGAGAGAGAACCUUCUCAGCCAGACCUGCCCGUCAUCACACCCGUUAGCAGCUCCCCAGGUGCCCCGGCCCAGCUGCUAGACUCCUGGACGCUCACCGACAGGAGCAGGCCUUCCUCCCCACCCUGCACCUGCGGGGGCGGCUGUUUCCAGGGGCCUCUCAGCAGGCCUUUGGUGAGCGGACGCGAGACGCCAGUGGUGUCUGGGCAUAUUUUGGGCGUGCCUGCUAAUGGGAAUACAAGAGGCGUCAUCUCCAAAGGUCUGGGGCAGCCAGGUCCCCUCACCCAUGUCUCUCGGUGUUGGCACCUGUGGACGUGAGCGUCGGGGCUCUCGGAGGUUGACUUAAGAGUCGUGUAGCCGUCGCUACAGCUCUGAGACCGCUUGAAGCUGGCGUCAUUUGACGCACGGGUCGAGUAUAAUUUCUGGUGGUUUUCUCACGCGGGAGCGAAAUGAUUGGCAGACUCGUGAGCUCCGAGCGCCAGCCACGCUGACCCGGCCCACUGAGGGUCGGGGCAGAGCUAGACAACAGUCCCCGACACUUAACGGGGACACGGAGACCCUCGGAGCUGGGCCACGCUCCUCUACUCUGCCCGGGACUCACCUCCCCACUGACUUCCGUUUCUAGGUAGUGACCUCUGCCGCCUCGUGGGGGUCUGCCCCGAAUUCCGUUAAGCUGCCUGCAGUCCUGGCGAGCUAGAGCCGCCGGCGCGUGAGACUGGCCAGGCGUGGCGCCGGCAGCCUCAGCACGUGUGGGACCGGCCGCUGUCCACGGGCGCUUGCACUUUCUGCCGCCACGCCAAGAUCUGUUUUCGAUUUUAGUGUUAAGGCUACAAAUGAAGACUCUGGAACCUUAAACCGCAUCUUUCUAGAAUGAGCAUCUGAUGGUCUGGGGCCAUGCUGCCCGGAAUUAAGAGGACAGUUGGUGCUCAGAGCUGGGAGAGACAGGUGACCCUCUCUGGUGGGGGUGGCUUUCUGCCGAGUCCCCAGUCCUGCCGUGUGGCGCCCCCCCCCCCCCCCACACCGCUGGACGCGUGUGGGUCCCCACCCCUCCGGGGCCCAUCUCCCCUCUCCUGGGCCCUGUACACUCAGCAUGUAGGCAUCCAGGCUUAAAAAAAGGUUUUCUUUGUAGGGUUAGAACGGUUCCCAAUCAACCCUAAGGGAAUCUGCCAGACUGACUGGCCGGCGAAGAAAAUACUGAGCAAAUACUGUUUGUAAUUCCGGAUGACAGCAGCUGUAGGAAGGGGCGCGUCCAGGCCACCGAGCUGGAGGAGGACGACUCAUCACUUAGCUCUGAAGGGGAUCUGAAGAACUUGGGGUACCCCGUGAGAUGCUGCACGUUUGGACUUUCUUUUGUCAUGUUACCGGAGGGGUCACAGCAAGGGCACUUGCUGCCCCCCCAGCCCCCUGCUCAGAAAUUGCACCGUGCUGGGGUCCGUGCUCCCCGGGGGCCCUCCGGCGGGGCUCACAGGCCACCUCGGCACUCGCCGUACAGACUCCCCGGGGGUCCCCGCGGGGGCACCCACCUGCUGCACGUGUCCUUCAGGCCAGGCGUGGAUCUGGGGCUGCGGGCCGGAGGCGGCAGCAUCCCGGGGUCUGGGGACUUCGUUGACGGGUGUCCUGGGACAAUACCAGAGCAUGUGGCCUAGACCACCUGUUUGGAACACUGCUCGCUCCCUCCCGGAGGCCAGUGCGGUGCCUGGGCCCGGUCUUCCGUGGCCGCGCCUCCUUCCUCAGCGCCUGGCCGGCUGGGCUUUGCAGCCUCCGGCUUUGUAACUGUUGUCCACUCUGCGGGCUGCGAGAGACCGCCGCCGACAGAGUGGGCUGUGUGUCCACGCGGGCACUGUGCACUUUGAAGUUCCCGUUUGAGGGGCGGGGGAGCACGGUGUCACCUGUGGAGCGGGACAAGGGCUGUCCCGUCUCCCCUGUCCCCUCCAUCGGAAGUGCUCUUCCAGCCACGACGCUGAUCUGAUACAUUGGAAACCUACCCCCUUUCCCUUAGUGACACGUCUCCCUGGGAAACCAGGGCACUCAGGAAGGAUGCACGUGGGGCCAGGGGUAGGAUUUAAGCUCCCAUUUGGUGGAAACGGGGCCCCGCCUGUGAGCCCGCCAGCCCCCUUCUCUGAAGGCCAGCCUGCCUUUGUGGGCUGUGAGGAACCACGCAGCCUCCUUACGCCGCGUCGUAAGAAACCCAUCAUGUUUCAGAGGGGACGCUGCCUGGAGAUGUGUAAUUUCUGAUUUUUGAACUGGUAUCAAAACAAAUGAGCCUGGUUGUCCUCUGCUCAUUUGUCUGGCCGUCUGGGUUUUAAUGUUCUCGAGGAGGAGAAGCAGUGGGGCGGCCGGCCCUCCUCCUCUUCAGUGUUUUCCUCUCCCGGCGAGGGGGCCUCAGGCCAGCACCCAUUCCACAUCCCUCCCGUCGAGUUAGAGGUCCCUGGCCAGAGGACAGGCAGGAAGUGACGUGAGCUGGCUCUGUGGGUCUGAGGGGGAGGUUGUGGGAGGGCUGGGCCGUCCGCCCUCGGCUCUCCGCAGGGUCUCUGUGUUUACAGUACUGGAGGGAGUCAGGUAGUUCUUUCCCGGAAUUUGAAGAGAUUCCGGUCAUGUUUGGUCAGAAAGCCGCCAGGAAUAUCACGUAAUGAGAAAUUCAGUGUUUACAGUAACCUAUAAAUAUUGCUAAAAAUAGUUUAUAGACAGCUCUUUCAUUGUCAUAACUUCAUAGAAUAUUCUUGGGAAGCAGGUGCAUACAUGAGGCUAUACUCUGGUAUGUUUGCACUUGCUGUUGAGCAGUGCACUGCAUGACCAUCAGACUUCUGAAAAUUGCCAAGUGCUACUUGAUAACACCGAUCGAAGGAGAGGCUCCAGCCAGCUGCGGGCGUCUCGUCAGGGCUCCCAAGCGUCAUACAGGUGGCUGGGGCGGUCAUGGAGACGUGUCAUUUUGCAUUUGUCCCAUUAUUAUGGGGGGAACUGACGUGGCUUCUACGGUGUUGUGGACGUAACCAUGGGGACCACGAGCCCGGGAGGACUGCCUGACAAGCCCUGGGGGUGGGCGGUGUGGGCAGGGAACUCCUUAGGGGGUCCAGGGCCGUCUGUCACUGAGACAAAAGUCCUGCUGCAGCCCUGUCCCUCGCCUGUGGUGGGCAGGCACCGUGCACCGGCACCCUGCACCCUUCAUGCUCCAGUGGGCCUGCAGCUUCUGGGGAGGGGCUCGUUAGCACAUUCGGUCUUGGGGGCUGUGGUUUGCUCAUUGUUGGUGUGAUUUGCCUAGAAAAUCAUCCGGAAUUGUUUGUAUUUAAUUACGAUAGUAAAAUGGUUUAUUUCCUUUUGCAAAGUC